AUGUUUGAAAUGAAAGAAUCGAAUGCACAGCAAUCCAAUCAGAGCAAAGCACCGUCAGGUCAUCAGAUAUACAAGGGUACUCCUUAUCUGUCGGCUGUCGAUGUAACUGAUCGAAGAAGCGUCAAAUCGUUCCAUAGCAGUGCGAGCAGCAACUAUUGCAGCGACGACGUCGACAGCGCAAGAACUAGUCGAAACAGCAACUACCAACUGUCAGUACCACAGCCACCAAGCAGUCAGCAACGUGUUAGGAGGCUAUCAUUUGCUGAUUGCGUAGAAUUAAAACAAAUUGCGUCCAGCAGUUACAACGAUUUACAAAAAUUUAAGCAAAUUAAUACUUCUUGUCAGCAGCUAGCAAACAACGAAGGAGCGAAACCAGCUUUACCUCUUCUUACCGUCCGAUCGUCAAGCAACCGCACGUUAAACAGUGAGCAGCCCGAAUCACAACCGCUUCUCAACAACGACAACAACAACCUCCUCAGUGUUGCUCCAAAUGGAGUGACCUUACGACGGCCAAGCAACAUAUCACGAUGCACGUCUAUCAACCGACCACCUGAUUGGUUAACUGACGACAACAUGCUCAACGCAAUCGAAAUUGUUUCAGAAUUUUUCAGCGUAACACUAAACUAA